AUGUCUGCCCUCUUCAACUUCCAGUCCCUGCUACUGGUCAUCCUCCUCUUCAUCUGCACAUGCUCCUAUACGCAUGGCGUCUUCCCUGCUAUCAUGGAUAAGCACAAGGAUGNNGGUAUCUUGACUUUUCUGUUCUCAAACCUUGAACCUUUUGCUGAUAUUCGGUCAAGUUUCACGUCCGUAUUCUGGAGAGCAGCACGUGUUGGCGAGCGUCUGAGUCCAUACAUCAGUGUCUGCUGCGUCGUCAUGGCCGGCAGAAUCUUCAUUGGACAAUAA